CAGCAGACCUCACUGUGUCUCCAGCAGACCACAUCUCUCCCCACUGUCUCCGUUCACUGCCUUUACUGGAACCGAGCUUGAGCCAACAAAGCUGACUUCACAUAGGAGGAACACGACUUGCUUCUCUUGCAGUUGAAUGGAAAUCUGUGACCUUGGAAGAUGAAGAUGUUGUUGCCAUGGGAACUCUUAAUCCUGCUGUCACUCAAGAGCUGCCUAGCAGAGAGAAUUGUUCGACAUGGCCCGGUGUUCACGCAAGAGCCCAGUGACAGUGUUUUCCCUUUAAGUGCUGAGGACAACAAGAUAUUUAUUAACUGCAAAGCCAAGGGAAGUCCAGAGCCACAUUACAAGUGGAAAUUCAAUGGGAAAGAUCUUGACAUUGACAUGGACUUCAACUACAGUCUUGUUGAGGGAAACCUUCUGAUCAGUAAACCUCAGGCAACUAAACACCCCGGUGUUUACCAGUGUAUCGCCACUAAUGCAUUCGGAACCAUUCUGAGCCGAGAGGCUAAAGUUGAGUUUGCAUACCUGCAGAAUUUCAGCAGCAAGGCCAGAAGUCCAGUAUUAGUGAGGGAAGGACAGGCUGUUGUGCUCCUGUGCGGUCCGCCACCCCACUUUGGAGAUAUCAGAUAUUCCUGGAUAUUUAAUGGCCGCCCGAGCGUUGCUGUUGGGGACAACCGACGCUUUGUGUCCCAGAGGACUGGAAACUUAUAUAUCGCUAAGGUAGAGACGUCAGACGUGGGCAAUUACACAUGUGUGGUGAGGAAUGUGAUGACCAACACGACGGUCCACAGUUCCCCAACUCCAGUGGUGCUACGUCGGGAUGCUGUGAUGGGGGAAUAUGAGCCAAAGAUUGAGGUCCAGUUUGAAAAAAUGCUCCACGUUGCCAAAGGAUCAUCGGUUCGACUGGAGUGUUUCGCUUUAGGAAAUCCAGUGCCUUCUAUCUCCUGGAAGAGAGCAGACGGAAGUCCUUUCCCUGGAAAAAUGAAGAUAAAUCACUCAAAUGGGGUCCUAGAGAUCCCAUAUUUCCGUCCAGAGGACUCUGGACUUUAUGAAUGUGUGGCCGAAAACUCCAAAGGACGCAGUAUUGCAAAAGGACGUCUUGUUUUUCAAAAUGUGGAACACCUGCAGUGGUCGCAGACUCUAUAUGACGCAAACAUGGCUAUUGAGUCUGAUCUUCACUGGGAGUGCAAGGCUAAUGGAAAACCUCAACCUGUUUACAGAUGGCUCAUGAAUGGACAGCCUUUGGUCUUUCAGGACAGAAUUCGUGUUGAUGGUGGCAAGUUAACCAUCUUCAACAUAAACCUGAUGGAUUCUGGGAUGUAUCAGUGUUUGGCAGAGAAUGAUAACGGAGUCAUAUAUGCUAGCGCUGAACUCAAAGUUGUGGCCUCACCUCCAGACUUCUCCAAAAACGCACUGAAGAAGAGCACACUGAUCCAGAGAGGUGGAGAAGCUGUCAUCGAAUGCCGACCGCAUGCGUCCCCCAAAGCUUCGUACUCUUGGAGGAGAGGCAACGAGUUCCUGAAAGACAGCAAGAGGCGGACCAUUUUAGAGGACGGCACCCUCAGGAUCACCAACGUUACCAAGUCUGAUGCAGGGAGGUACACUUGUGUUGCCAGAAACCCCUUUGGUACAUCCAGCAGUUCUGGGACUUUAGUGGUCAAAGAACCGACCAAGAUUACAGUUCCCCCUUUGAGUAUGGAUGGCACGGUGGGGGAGAGCAUUGUCUUGCCUUGUGAAGUAUCUAAAGACUCCACUCUACACCCCGUCUUCAAGUGGUUCUUCAACGGGAAACUCAUCGAUUUCAGUAGACAUGAUCACUUCUGGAUGAUUGGAGGGGGAUCUUCUGGGGAUCUCAUGAUCAGAAACGUGCAGCUGAAGCACUCUGGGAAGUACGUCUGCAUGGUGCAUACAGCAGUGGACAGCGUGUCUGCAGCAGCAGACUUAAUUGUCAGAGGGCCCCCUGGUGCUCCAGUGGGUGUGUUGGUGGGGGACGUUACAGACAGGACUGCUCAGCUCUCGUGGGGCCCCGGACCUGACAACCACAGUCCCGUUACCCUCUACAUUGUGCAAGCCAGGACCCCUUUCUCUAUCGGAUGGCAGGCAGUCAAAACCGUUCCUGAUUCUGUGCCUGGACAGAUGAUUCAUGCGACGGCAGUGAAUCUAAAUCCGUGGGUAGAUUAUGAAUUUAGAGUUGUGGCUAUCAACGGCGUGGGGGUUGGGGAACCCAGUGUGCCAUCCAAACCCGUUCGCACCAAAGCUGCAGAUCCUGAAGUCGCCCCAGCUAACGUGAGUGGAGGUGGAGGCAACCGAGGCGAACUCGUGAUUGUUUGGGAGUCUUUGCCGGAGGAGCUACAAAAUGGAGAAGAGUUUGGUUAUGUGGUGGCAUUUCGUCCGCUUGGCACGACCACAUGGAAACAGAGCGUCCUGGCCUCUGCUGACGCAUCACGAUACGUUUAUAAAAACGAUACUUUUCCACCACUCACACGGUUUGAAGUAAAAGUCGGCGUCUACAACAACAUCGGAGAGGGACCGUUUAGCCCGGUGGUCGUUGUAUAUUCAGCAGAUGAAGAACCCUCGGUUGCUCCUCCGAGAGUCUGGGCCCGCACUCUGUCCGCGUCUGAGAUCGAGGUAUUCUGGGAACCUGUCCACCAAAGCGGCAGAAAAGGACGGAUAACAGGCUAUGAGGUGCAGUGGUUGGAGGAUGGGUCACCAGAAAGCGAUGCAGAGAGGGUAAGGGUCACGGAAAGCUCAGUCAAUAUCACAGGCCUGAAGGGAAGCACAAUCUAUCUGGUGUCAGUCAGAGCACACAACAGCGCUGGCACUGGGCCCUCCAGCGCCCCCAUCAGCAUCACCACCAAGAAGCCACCUCCAAGUCAAGCUCCAGGGAACAUUGAGUGGAACCUGACCAACUCAAAGGUCUUUCUGAACUGGGAACAUGUGAAGGCGAUGGACAAUGAAUCAGAAGUAACAGGCUACAAGGUUGUAUAUCGUCAAAACUGGCACAGAGGAAGCAGCGUAGUGGAGACCAACAGGACGUCCGUGGAGCUUCAGGUGCCGUCAGAAGAAGACCUGCUCGUUCAGAUCAAAGCCCUGAGUGACGGAGGAGACGGCAGCAGCAGCAGCCCUAUACGGAUACCAAAGAUGUCAAGUAAGGCUUCAUGCCUAAACUCAAGGGGAUACUUCAGUUCAGACGCAAGCAAGAUGGCCCGUGUUCACGGAGUAGUGUUUCUGAUGUUGUCAUUGGUGUUUUCAUAGAAGUUUGCCUUUAUUUAAAGCUGAAGUGUGUCAUUUCCGUGCCACUAAUAUCACAAGAGUGGAAUUGCAAAAAAAAAAAAA